CAUUGCUUUUUUGUCUUUCUGGGGUUAUGGCGAGUACAGAAACAGUAAACUAUUUGGGAAGAUUUGUUGUUUUAUCGCUGGGCCAUCGCAAAACGGCAUCUACUUAUUGUGACAGCUUCCAUCUUCCUCUGUUUUGGCUGCAGUUCCAUGACGUUGCAAAACAAGUUCCUGACUGUGUCAUCGUCAUCGCAGGCUUUCCUCUGCUGUCUCCAUAGUUAGGAGGUGCGGGGCUCUGAUUCCGUGAGACGUCAUGAACAAUCGCUCCUCUAUAUCCUGGUGGCUGGGCCAGUUGGGGCUGUCACAGUACAGCAAGGUGCUGGAGAGAGAGUAUUAUGGCUUAGAGGGUCUCCUGUGUGUGACGGAUGCUGAUCUCAGAGAGGCCGGGGUUGAGAAUCAGACUGACAGGGAGCUCAUCCUCUCCCAUAUCAAACAGCAUCAUCACAAUGAGAGCCAACACAGAGGAGGAGGCUCCCCUGGCCCCCACUGUUCUCCAGCCCCGAGGAGAGUAACUCGGAAACACUCCCUCGGCUCCUCCCUGGACCUGCUGCGCUCUCCCAAACGUUUCUCCGGUCACGGCUUCAGCCUGUUUCGUCAGAGCAUCCUGCCCCGACUGCGCAAGAAAGACAAGACCUCGUCCUGCAUCCAGCUCCCCACCCUGCAGGAGAGACAGAGCACAGCCACCUCAACACUGAGACACCCCAGCACCGUGCAGGAGAGACAGAGCACAGCCACCUCAACACUGAGACACCCCAGCACCCUGCAGGAGAGACAGAGCACAGCCACCUCAACACUGAGACACCCCAGCACCGUGCAGGAGAGACAGAGCACAGCCACCUCAACACUGAGACACCCCAGCACCCUGCAGGAGAGACAGAGCACAGCCACCUCAACACUGAGAAACCCCAGCACCCUGCAGGAGAGACAGAGCACAGCCACCUCAACACUGAGACACCCCAGCACCCUGCAGGAGAGACAGAGCACAGCCACCUCAACACUGAGACACCCCAGCACCCUGCAGGAGAGACAGAGCACAGCCACCUCAACACUGAGACACCCCAGCACCCUGCAGGAGAGACAGAGCACAGCCACCUCAACACUGAGACACCCCAGCACCAGGGUAGCAGACACAGAAGAGACCCAGCUACUCACUGAGCUCCUGCACAACAGCAGACGCAAGAGCGUAGAUGCGCAUCCAAGUCCUGUAAAGGCGGCCUUUCAGAAGCGUGGGAUGGAUUCCACGAAAGAGAAACUGAAGAAGGAGCUGGAGGAGGAGCUGAAACUGAGCUCAGAGGACCUGAGGAGCCACGCCUGGUACCACGGAAAGAUCAGGCGAGAGGCAGCAGAAGCCUUGCUGGAGACAGACGGGGAGUUCUUGAUCCGAGACUCUCAGUCCAGCCCGGGGGACUAUGUCCUGACCUGCCAGUGGCAGGACCAGCCCAUGCACUUCCGGAUCAUCCGCGUGGUGCUGCGUCCCAAGAAAGGAUACUCGCGCAUGCUGUUCCAGUUCGAGCAGGACCAGUUUGACAACGUGCCCGCCCUGGUGCGCUGUCACGUGGGCAACCGCAAGCCCAUCUCCGACAAGUCCGGAGCCAUCAUCUCCCAGCCCAUCACCCGCAGCGUGCCGCUCAGGGUCAUCGAGGAGCAGCAGGGCAGCGGUGCCCCCCAGGGGAACUCGGAGGAACAGCACCCCAGUGACAAAAAACCCAAAAGACUCAGUCUGAAUGGAGGCCAGCAGGAUAUCAUAAUGAACGGCAACCUGCUCAGGAAUAAGGACAAGAGUGGCAGUCACCCUGGGAAUCUGGAGGAUCUGGGAAGGAGACCCUCCUUGCAGUCUGCCCAGUCCGACAGUAACCUGAGAUCGGGCGCCACGCAGACGUCCCAUUCAAACAGGGCGGAGCCCCCGCCCCCCUCGCCAGUGUUCCGGACAGGCAGCGAGCCCCUCCUGAGCCCCAAUCUCACCCGUGCCUCCGUGCAGCCUCAGGGAGGUCCUGUACUGAGGGGCUCCGAUGGGCAGCUGCACUCCCGAGCGCCCCCCAAACCGCUGCGCAUUCCCUCGGUCAUCUUCACCAGCCCUCACCCUGAACUCCACCGGCAGAACCCUGAGGACUACUAUGGGGAGCUGGUACCCAGAGCACCCCUUGCAGGGAAGGGUCACGUGGACAGGCUGGCCGUGGAGGAGCGCUGGCAGAGCAGGGCUCGGAUGACAGACACCAGUUUCCAGUUUCUGGACGCCGUGUCGCCCACUCUCUCUGCUUUUUGCGAGCAGGAGGAGGGGGGAGAGGAGGGAGGAGAGGAGGGUGGAGAGGGCCCCCACUUUGUGAGGCCUCAGAUAGAAACAGUCUCCUCUUUCCAGCCCUCCUGCUUCCAGUCUCUCCUGCUGCCGGAGAACAACAAACCCCUGGAGCCGAGCGUGCUCAAGAGGCUGAAGGAAGUGUUCGCAGGCAGCGACGCCAGGACAACAGCACUGCACAUCCUCAAAGUGGACUGCCAGGUGGCGAGGAUGAUGGAGGUGACGAAGGAGCAGAGGCAGCUGAUGGGAGUCGGGUCGGGUUUGGAGCUGCUCACACUGCCACACGGACACCAGCUGAGACUGGACCUGCUGGAGAGGCAUCACCUGAUCGCGCUGGGCAUUGCUGUGGACGUGCUGGGCUGCACGGGCACAGUGAGCCAGCGAGCCUCCGUGUUAAACAAGGUCAUCCAGCUCUCCGCGGAGCUGAAGAACACGGCGGGGGACCUCUACGCGUUCUCCGCAGUCAUGAAGGCGCUGGAGAUGCCGCAGAUUGCCAGUCUGGAGAUGACGUGGAGAGCUCUGCGGAGGAACCACACAGAGAGCGCCAUCGCCUUUGAGAAGCAGCUGAAGCCCUUUUACAAAGCCCUGAACCAGGGGAAAGACGAGACUCCGGUGAGCCGUACGGCUGUGCCUCACAUCCUCCCGCUGGUGAAGCUCAUGGAGGGGGUGGGGCUGGGUGAGGACACAGAGGAAGGCUGUGAGCAGCUGCUGAAGACACUGGGCGCUGCCCGGGCCAUCACCCUCAAUGCUGGGCUGUACAGCUCCUACGCCAGCUCCCUGCUCAAAGACUUCAAGCCUAAAGAGGAGCUGCUGGAGGUGUUCAAGACGGAGUUUGCACUGCGACUGUUCUGGGGGUCCAAAGGCGCAGAGGCAAAGCAGGAGGAACGGUACCAGAAAUUCGACAAAAUCCUCAGCGUGCUGGCCGGGAAGCUGGAAACUGGGGCAGCGUCCGAGCUCUGAUAAACCCCCCCAGGACCUCCCUCUGGCUUGGCAGAGGACACCCAGCAGUGUGUUUCACUGUAGAACACUGGUUCUCAACCCCUGUCCUCAGGACCCACUGUGUCUGCUGGUUUCCGUUCCAACUGAGCUCUCAAAUUACUUAACUAAAUGAACUAAUAAUUUGCUUAGUUGGGCCUUUUUAAUUGUUUUCAGCUCUCAAACAGUUGGGAGAUUUCAAGUUAACUGUAAAAUCAUUUAAGUAACUUGAAAUCUGCAACUUCUUAGGAGCUUAGAACAAUUAAACAUGUUGAAUUAAGCACAUUAUUAGUUUAAGGGUUUAAUUAAGUAAUUGAGAGCUCAGUUGGAAUGAAAACCAGCAGACACAGGGGUCCUGAGGACCGGGGUUGGGAACCACUGUUCUGCGAAGGUGGCCGAUCGUAGCGAUUGAACCUGAGGAACAGCUACUGCAUCAGCAGAGAUCUGAGCUUUGUCAAAGAGAUGCAGAGGAGAAACAGUUUCCAUGGAUUUUCUUUUCUGUGAUAAAGGGUGACUGUGGAAAGGUCACAAGGAGUCUGGAUUACCUCUACCUCCUCUCAGGAGUGACUAAACGCCAUGCUGAGACAGCAUCACUUCAGCAAGGAAACCUCAAAUAAUACUGACAGGGGCAUGGUUGAGCACUGUAUUGUAUUGUAUUGUAUUGUAGUGUGUUGUAAUUAAAACUGUGACUGCAGUAACCUUUCUAUUCUUAGAAACCAGAUAGAUUUUGAGUCAGUUUCACUGCAAGGGUUACAAGGGUUGAUAUUUUUAUUUUAAAAAAAGAUAUAUAUAUGUAAGUGUUGCAUUGGUUUAAUGCAUACAUUUUCCAUUUUUCUUUUUAAAGUUACAUUGUUAAAGUUUCAGCAGUUACCUCUAAGAAAUAUUGCCAACUUUAACAAAAGCCUGAAGUCUCUCGUACCACAGCAGCACUGUUACAACUAAGCCACCAGGUGGGGCUAAAGGCUAGUAAAAUAAAAAAUAAAUAAAAAAAAUCUUACUAGAAAAGGUUAACAAUAACACUUUAAGUCUUUAAUUUAUAUAUAUAUAUAUAUAUAUAUAUAUAUAUAUAUAUAUAUAUAUAUAUAUAUAUAUAUAUAUAUAUAUAUAUAUUUUAUUUUAAAGAUACACUAAUUCAUCUCACUAUCCCGUAGAAACAAAACAGGUUUCUAUUCUGCUGUGUUUAUAGUUUGCAUGUUUUGAAAGUUUCCCCAUAGUAAAGUGUAAUAAAGCAUAGUGGAAGCAUUGUGAAGCCCAGAGAGGUAUAUCAUUAGAAAUCAUGGGAAACCAUGGUAAACUAUGGCAAAAACAUACAUAACCAUGGGGAAACCGCACACAUAGCAUGCAAAAUUACUGUAGUAAACUUUAUAAGGGGUGGUAAAUAUUAGAAUAGACCUAUACUAGAUAGCUUAUUGUGUACAGUAUUGACAUGUAUGAAUGUAUGUAUGUAUAUAUGUAUGUUCUGCACUUUUACAUGGUUUUCAUUCAGGCUAUACUGACCAACACUGGACUGUGGUGCAGGAUGGAUAUUGCUGUGGUCUUCAGAUGCUUUUUAUACAUAAAGAUAUUUUAUACAUAUACAGUUAUUUUGGGGGAUCGCAAAGCCUGCGUUUCUGCAGCCACAGGAGUGCUGCUGCAGACCCUUCUGUCCGGUUUGCAAUAUUACAAGUUUUUAAAUCUAUUUUUUUUGUUUUGUAUUGUUUUUUACUGCUCACCUCAUCAUUGUGCAGCAGAACUUUUUUUAAUAUGAAAAACAUUUUCUCUGCAGCUGUACCUAUUGGGAAAUAGGUGCCUAGAGGCAAACCAGCACAUUUUAUUACAAAUUGAUUAGAGGUCAUAUAUUUUGUACAUGAAUGAAUGAAUUUUUUAAUGUUUAAUAGUGUUUAAAUGUGCAUGUAUAUAUACAUUGCUGGGCGCAAUUCAAAAAGUUUAAAUGACCUGUAAAUUCUAAAAGGGGACGCAAGUGCAAAUCUUGAGAACUAUUCAAAUCAUUAUCUAAAAAAAAUAAGACUAAACGAAUUUGCAGGCGUGCGCUUUGCUAAAAGGGUCCACUUGUCCGUUUUUGUACAAUAAAACAUUUCAGAGCA